AUGGCUGACUUGUCUAUCAUCACCUCGCCAGCUUUUCUGGCCGAGGAUAGAGGUCCAACGGUCACCGCGACUGCCUCCCUAAUGAUCAUAUUCUGCACCCUGUUUGUAGGUAUGAGAUACUACGCUCGUUAUUUGGCCAAUACAUCCUUCAAAGCCGAGGAUGUCAUCAUUCCUUUUGCCUGGCUGGCCGAGAUUGGGAUUUGCAUCGUCAGCAUCGUCAUGGUUGAAAAGGCAGGAACAGGCCGACAUAUGGCUCUCAUCCUAUCCACCGACCCCGCCAAAAUCCCUGAACACUUCAAAGGCAUCAUGGUACAGGAAGUCCUCCAUCCGGCCGCUGUUGCGUUCCCAAAGCUUACCGUUGUCUUACUGUACCUGCACAUCUUGACCAACAGAUACGAGCGUUUCGUGGCCAAGCUACUCAUCUUUCUAAUCUUUGCGACUUGGUUUUCGUUUACAAUUGCGGUAAUGUUCCAAUGUAAGCCAUUUGCCUUCAAUUGGGAUAAGACCAUUCCAGGUGGCAAGUGCUUCAAUGUCCAGUUUUUUUCCAACAGCUCCAGCGUCCCAAAUAUUGCAACCGGUUUGGCGGUGCUAGUGCUUCCGUCGAGGGUACUCUGGGGUUUGAGAAUUAGCAUUGGCAGAAAAGUAGGACUAUUGUUAAUCUUCUUGACAGGUAGCGUGGGUAUAAUAGCAUCUAUCAUUCGCACCAUGAUCUUUGCUGACACGCUGGCAAAUGCUGGACCAUUGACCGACGUGACCUACAACCACGUCUCGCUCAUCGACUGGACUAUUAUCGAGCCCGGAAUGUAUCUACUCUCUACAUGCGCACUCUCUUUCAAGCCUCUCUUCCGCAUGUUGGCCAAAUCGCUGCAUCUCCAAGCUUUCAUCACACACACAAGAUCGACCUUCGCCGAGACUAGGUCGUACGUGAAGAAAACAACAGCGUCAACACAGGAAGACACGUACCAUAUGGAUCAAAUGAGGAAUGCAAGAGUAGGCAAGUUUCAUCGGUUGAGCGAGGAUAGUGCUAGUGAUACUACGGGUCACAAGAGGAUCGAGGUAUUGGUUACGAAGACGAUUGAGAUGGACUCGGAGACUAGGAGUGAAGACGAGGAGUGGAGAAAGAUUGAUGUGGAGAGGGGGCAAUAUGGACGUGGAGUUGUGUAA